AUGUACCCCAAAGGAUUCCAGCAUGUCAGGCAUGCCAUGGGUGUGUUCAUCUACCUGUUUGGGUUCCUCUUUCCAGCGAUCCUGACAAUAACAUUUCAAAUCCUUACAGCACGUGUAUUGCAUCGGCAGGCACGUCUUCAACUAGGUGAAGCGAAACAGCUUGACAGAUCCAAUCCUUCAUUCCGACAUCUCAUCGCCAAGAAAUGCGUCCUGCAAACACUAUUCAUCGUAGUUUUGAUCUUUCUGAUCUGCUGGGGACCUGCUAAGACAAUCUUUCUUGCUUUCAAGCUAGGAUUCAUUCCAGAUUCGUACCCUUAUAGCCCGUUUAACCGCGCUCUUGCAACCCUAGGGUUCUGCAACUCAUGCGCCAACCCUAUUAUCUAUACUGUUCGCUACCCUGAAUUCCGUACUGCUGUCCGAGGGCUCUUCACCAGAGCUCAGCUCGCAGAGGCUCCACUAUUUGGAGAUAGAGAAACCAAGUAA